CCCGUAUUUUCCCUUUACCAUCCAACUACAGGAGACUAUUAUCAGCAUUUCGCCAACCCGCAUACCCAGCGCACUUCUUAAUCGCUAAGAGAACCCCUCCUGCCCCACCAUGGGCUACGUCGGCGUCUCCCUCAUCGUCGCUUCUGUCGUUUGGGUCCUCGUCGCGCCACCACCAUGGAUUCAUCCCUACCUUCCAUUCUUCCUCCUCCCCGCCCGUCGACACUCACACGCGCUCCUUUUGACUUCGAAACCCUCGUCGCCUCCUCGAGAUAACGAUACGCAAAAUUCCGACGAUAAGCCUGAGGCGCGAAACGGAGGAGAACAUGUCACUUCGAAAGAGCCAGAAAGGCCAAGAAUACAGGUGGAAGAAGCCCGAUCAAAUCUAGCAGGGCCUCCUCUCGUCGACCUCGCACCCGCACCCGCACCCGCACCUACACGUACAUCUUCACCCACAUCUUCGCCUACAUCUUCGCCCGACCCCGCCCCCGCGCGCGAUGCCAAAGCUGCGCAAGACCGCGACCGCGCCGCGAUGCCUCCCCCACCUCCAGUCAUCCAGACCCCGGCCAGCGUGCCUACUUUACAGUCUCCCCCCCAGCUCGCCGAGCCCGAAGAAGAACAGACAACCCCCAAAGUUUCUGCCACCGCCCACGACGCCUCCUCGGUCCCGUCCUUCUCCCUCUCCGAUGAGUCGGCUCCCGCUCAGCCCGCCGAACCCUCCAUCCGAACUCCAUCAGCAUCCUCCAUGAUGCCUCCGCCACCGCUCCCAACAAAACCCUCCAACGCCUCAGCAUCCCGUCCGUCCUUCCCCAUGCUGGGCUCCCCCCAAGUAGCCCGUCCACCAGGCGCCGCACCACCUCGCCUUCACAAAAUCCCUUCCGCCACCCCGUCCACCCUCUUCCCCCGCCCCGACUCGCAGCAAAUAGCCCGCGGCCCCGCCCCGAACCGCAUCCCCGCCGCCGCCGCCACCGCCACCGCCGCAGCAGCAAGAGCAAGAGCAAGAGCAGGACCCUCCUCCCUCGCCCCUCCGCCAACACACAACCAACCCCCGCAAAAGCCCUCCCGCAAGGUCCUCCUCCCACCAGGCCACUCCCCCCUGGACUGGGCCCGCAUAUCCGGUCCCACCGCCGACCUCCGGAACCUGCCCCCCGACACGCCGUACCUCAAAGUCACCCCUUCGAUGCUGAAGCGCCACUCCGGCCGCAGGGGCACCGACGCCUGGAGCGCCUUCGCCGGCCGCGUCUACAACAUCACCCCUUACGCCGAUUACCACCCGGGCGGCCGCGGGGAGCUGCUGCGCUGCGCCGGCAAGGACGGGACGAGGCUGUUUGGUGAGGUCCAUCCCUGGGUGAACUACGAGACUAUGCUUUCGGCUUGUCUUGUGGGCGUUUUGGUUCCCGAGGAGGAGGGGUCUAGGGAGAGUGAGAUGGAUGCGAUGGACUGAGCGUGGUUGAAUGUCCCAUCUACUUUUAUGGGCUUGUUUGUUUUGCGAUAGCGGUUCGAAUAGAUCGAGAGGAGGAGAGAGCAUACAGAGGGAAACGUGUCCGUGGUGUGGAUAUAAGAAAUUUAUUAGACAGAUACCCCUUUCCUUGCUCGUUGCAAUAUCCUCGUCUUCCUAUCUUGCGCCCGAGGAAACUAGCAAGUAGAAUAAUAAAAAUGAAAGAGACCCC